GGCGGGCCGAGGCGGCCGCCAUGGCGCCUUGUGGGGCGGCCGCCGGGGGUAGCUGCUGGCUGGUGAGCAAAUGUCUCCACACCACGGUGAGCUUUCUGAAGAAAACUGGAACUGAGCACCGGUGGUUGGAGCGGCAUUUGAAGGAUCCCUUUGUCAAGGCUACAAAGCAGCAGCAUUACCGUUGCCGAAGUGCCUUCAAAUUACUGGAAAUUGAUGACAAGCUUCAUAUCCUUCGUCCAGGGCUUUCUGUUCUUGACUGUGGAGCAGCACCUGGUGCUUGGAGCCAGGUUGCUGUAGAGAGGGUCAAUGCCUUAGGUUCUGAUCCUGCUGCCCCCAGUGGCUUCGUCCUUGGCGUUGACCUCCUGCGGAUUUCUCCUCUGGAAGGAGCGGUCUUCCUGUCAGAGGCUGACAUUGCAGACCCCAGCACACUGAGAACAAUUCAGAGUCUGCUCCCUGCAGAGAAGGUGGAUGUUAUCUUGAGUGAUAUGGCGCCUAAUGCAACAGGCAUUAAAGAACUUGAUCAUCAGAAGCUGAUCAAUCUAUGCUUAGGCCUUCUGAAUCUGUCCCAAAGUAUUUUAAAGCCAAAAGGAACGAUGCUCUGUAAAUUCUGGGAUGGACGUGAGUCCCAUCUUCUGCAAAACAGACUGAAGGAGCAGUUCCAAGACGUGAGAACUAUAAAGCCUCAGGCCAGCCGGAAGGACUCUGCUGAAUCUUAUUAUUUGGCAAGACUGUACAAAGGGAAAUGAAAGCUGAGAACCACACAUUAUCAAACAGGUGAUCAGACAUUGAGUGGAAAUCUGAAUUUGGUGUGUGUUCAGAGAAAAAAAUCCCACCAUUAAGACCCUGAGAAAAUCUGCCACAACUCUUACGAAGUACAUCAUGCUUUUCAGAUACAAAAAUAAACCAGGGUGGUGUCCUGCUGAGUUUAUCCACUGAUUAUACAAGCAGAGUCAUCCAAUCUAGUUUCUCACCUGUGGAGAAAAUGGUUGGGAAUGGAGAGGAAUAAUCUGAAAGGCAAUCUCUGGGGCUGGACUAAUGGAAAUGAAAAUAAAGCAGUGAUUGUAUGAGUUUUUUUAA